AUGAGCACCAGCCUAGUAGUCGAUUUGCUGCAGGACCGCUGGUCCGAGAUUUCAUUCGCCGGGCUCGAGCCAGAGAGCGGUGACCCGGAGCUGCAGCAGAGUGGCGCAGCAGCAGCAGCAGCCGAUUUACAGGUGCCCGAUUGUCCACGGCUGAGGUGGCGGUCUGCGCUUCCUGAGGAGGGGUUGCGGGGGCCCGGCCAUUCAGUGAAACAGCGUGAGAAGAAGAAGAAGAAGAAGAAGAAGAAGAAGAAGAAGCAAGAAGACGAAGCGGAAGACGAGGAAGAUGUGCUCGUACUAGGUGGAAAGCCAGCCCAAAAAUAGGCCUGAAACAAAGGGCCUGGGUGGUGGCUGAGGCACCAAAAAU